UGAGAGAACGCGAGAGAGGGAGAGAGAGAGAGGGAGAUGGAGAGAGAGAGAGAGCGUACGAACAGUGUUGCCGUUACUGUCAGUUGUGGAACGGUUCAGUCAUCAAUGGACAGAGUACACACGUAGCCAGCAGCAUAGCCUCUUUCAAUGUACCUUUAUUUCUGCUAUGAAACGGAGGGAAGUAUAAUCAAAUCCGGUUACCUAGUUUCGCUUUCAUCGUUUAUAUUGCAGAUUGAAAUGGAUACAACGUUGUGUUAGCGCGCGCUAUUGAUUAGACUCCAAUAGGCUUUAUUCCUUGCGGAAGAUUUGUUUGAUCUCAACCAUACAUUAACAAUGAUGGAGUAUUGGAGGCAGUGCGCAUUAUGGCUGAUCAACUGCAAGGUGCUUCCACCCAACCAUCGGGUAACAUGGGAGUCCGCCCAGGUAUUUGACCUGGCUCAGACACUCCGAGAUGGAGUGCUCCUGUGUCAACUUCUCAACAACCUCCGACCCCAGUCCAUCAACCUCAAAGAGAUCAAUCUCAGACCGCAGAUGUCACAGUUCCUGUGCUUGAAGAACAUCAGGACAUUUCUCUCCGCCUGCUAUGACAUAUUUGGCAUGAAGAAGAGUGAACUCUUUGAGGCCUUCGACUUGUUUGAUGUGCGGGACUUUGGAAAGGUAAGCAACAGGAUUCAUGCACUGAGUACGUUUACAUGCAGACCAAUAAUUUGAUAUCAUACUGAUUGUGGCAGUAUGCCGAGUACUGAAAUAGUCAUGUAAACACCUUACUCUGCUUAUGUUAAUUGGCGUGAGGUCACGUUUUGAAUGAUUAGGACAUGUAAACACCUUACUCUGCCUAUGUUAAUUGGCGUGAGGUCACGUUUUGAAUGAUGUAAACAGCUAAAUCGGCGUUCUAGCAGUGUAUUUGAUCUGCGCAUGUGCUAGCCUCAGCCGAUCGACCCUCCCUCUUAUUACGAAUGAAGUGAGUUUGGAAAAACUGAAGGUACGCAUCUUAGAAAGAGUUUUCACAUGCAAACUUUAAAUGUCCCAACUCAGAAACAAAAAGGUUUCGCAAAAAUAAAAUGGUCCCUGUGGUAGAACGUUUAUUUUGGUGAUUUCUUGCAUUUAUAAAAAAAAAUGUCCCCUCAGUAGCCUGAUUUCAGAUGUGUCCAUGUAAACAGCAUUAUUAGGGAACCCGUUCUUGCAAAGCAUGUAAAUGUUUUAAACAAACUAUUAUAUUAAUAUGACUAGCCACAAUAAUCGUAUUAUUAUCCACAAUAAUCGUAUUAUUUGUUGUGCAUGUAACCCUCCAUGCUCACUGUUUCAUUGUGGAUACUCUACUCUCCCUUCACAUAUUUUGUUUGAGUGUUCCAUCUCUCAAGCUGGAAGGAUCCUGUUAUACUUAACUGUUGUCAGCUUGAGAACACCUUGAGAAGAAUAGUGCACACGACAAAGAGUCAUGUAAGGAGAUUAGUGUACUCUGUAGUGGGCUGUUUUAGGAGAAUAAUGUAUAUCAUCACUGACUGUAUGAGAGAAUACUACCUAUCACAGUGGAUUACUUGAAGAGAACUGUAACGGUCCUGACCUGUUUUAUGUUGUUUUUGUAUGUGUUUAUGGUCAGGGCGUGUGUUUUGGGUGGGCAGUCUAUGUUUUCUGUUUCUAUGUUGGUUUUGGGUUGCCUGGUAUGGCUCUUAAUUAGAGGCAGGUGGUUUGCGUUUUCCUCUAAUUAAGAGUCAUAUUUAGGUAGGGUGUUCUCACUGUUUGUUGGUGGGUGAUUGUCUUCCGUAUCUGUGUUAUGUCUUGCACCAUACGGGACUGUUCGGUUGUUCGUUUCGUUUCGAUGUAGUCUGUUCCUGUCCGUGAGUUUUACGUUUUAGUUAAGUAAGUUCAUGUUCAGGUUUUUUCGUCUACGUCGUUUUCUUGUUUUGUAAUUUUGAAAGUGUUUUGUUUUUCGUGUUGCCAUCGUCGUGUUUAAAUAAAAGAUGGCUUAUUUCCCGAAUGCUGCAUUUUGGUCUGAUGAUCCUUCUCUCCUCUCCUCGUCCGAGGAUGAGGAGAACGACAGUCCUUACAAGAACAGUAUUGGCACGCUACAGUUGGACCUUCCUUUGUAUGGACACACAUUUACCUCACUCUGUAUGGUGCGAGCAUUUAUCAUCCUCGGUAGUUACUGACACAUAGGACAAUGCUUCAGUUUCCACUCAUUAAAAAGAAAACAGUUCAGUUGUAAUGGGGUUAAAAGCCUUGUUUUGUCUUGUCAGCGUGUGAGGGAGGCCGUGACUCUUAACAGCCAUGCCGCUAGUUUCAUGAAGUCCCCAGUGUGCUUUAAU